AUGGCGUCCUCAGUAGCAGAAGCUCCAUCCUCCUCUUCGAGUCUUCGUAAAAACGUGGCCUCUCCUCCACCCCUUGUUGACGACGAUGAAGACGAUGAUGAAUUCUCCCGCCUACUCAACGCUCAUAAGAAGGCACGCGACGACGGUGGAGGAGCGCCUCCUCGGCAGACCCAAAGUUCAACAGUUGAUGGUAGCGCUCGGAAGCCACCUGGGAAACGACAGAGGGUUGUGGGCUAUGGCGAUAUUGAUGGUGCUGGCGCUCGGAGAUAUACCUCUGAGAACCCUAGGCGUCGAGGAGGAAGGGCCAUGCCAGUCUCCCAAAGGGAGCAUACGGCUAUGGGUCUAGUGCCCCCUCGACCGUUAAGAUUUCCCUUUCCACCCUACUGUGGACCUCUCGCCAAACUAGUGUCCAGCGGUCCUCCCCCUCCUCUCCCAGCCGACGAGAAGUCCGUCAUGAUGAAGGAGAUGCUAGACCGAAUACAGUUCCUCACUGAAGAGAACGAACGGCUUACAUGGAUAGUGUCUGAUCAAAAGCGGCUCCUUCGGAAUGACGGCGAUGGCCGCGCGUCGAUGCCACCACCCUUUGGAGCUCCCCCGCCCCCAGGGGGCCAUCGCCAUCGACGUGAGGAUGAGUCUGACAGACCAUCGAUUGAAGCUUCUGAUGUGGUAGCUCCCGCUGACCAGGCAACAGUACUUCCUCCAUGGAGAUCAAAGAAAACGCCCACCAGCUCUCUGCCCCACACUGGUGAAGACCUCUUGACGGCUCCUACUGAAGAGCAUAAGACGGCGACCACUCGGAAGGAGGCGGCUCCUGAGGGACAUCCCUCUCCUCCGCAUUCCACGGUCUAG